UCCUCGUAGUGAAUGCGUGCGCAAAUUAUUUUCAAGUUUCAAAUCGAUCGAUCUGUACCUUCAUCAAGAGUUUUCAUCUUCCAUCGCAGAGCGUCUCCCAUAAAAAUAAGUAAAUUAAACAGGAAAAUAAAGAAGGAUCAAGGAUGCGUCCAGUGACAAUAUCUAUCACCUUCUUUGCUGUACUCACGACGCUUGCAACUACCUCUACGGCUUCUAACGAACAGAUUGAUUUAGCCACUAUAAAAUCCGCCAUUCAAAAAUUGGAGAAGGAAUCGAAAUCUCUGCAAGAUUUGGUAGGAAAAAUGGAUCUCAAAGAGACAUCAGACCGUCUAUCAACAAAUUCAGAGCUUUUAGAAGAAACGAAAGCAGAAAUCAAGAAUUUGAAGAAGGAGUUAACAGAAACAAAGGGUGUAGCUGAAAAGUUAAAGAUGGAAUUGGCCGACACAAAAAAAGAGUUACUCAAAAUUUCACAGGAUUUGACAAUUACGAAGAGUAAUCUUUUAAAUCAGUUGAAUGGUUUCCAAACAGAUACUAAUAAGGAGCUGAACGUCGUGAACACCACAAUACGUCAUUUGGCAAAGGAAAUUAAAGAUAUUUCGGUCGGUUUUGAAAAUAAGCAUUCCGCAUUAUCUUCAGAACUUCAAGUCACAGCUGCUAAUAUAACACAAGAUUUGCACGAAACUAACCUGAAAAUUGAUAUCACGACAUCAGUAAUGCUCAAAUUUGCGGAAUCUUCCCAACGAUCAGCUGCCGAAGCUAACAUCGCUUUAGAGAAUUUGACGGAAGAGUUACAAGGGAAACUUGAAGCCAAUAAGCAAGAGUUGGAAGAGGUUAAGAUCAAAGUUGGAAAUUUGACAACAGACUUGAAAGCUAGAACGAGCGAAAUAGUGGACAUUGGUCAUAUUCCUACAUCCUGUUCUGAUCUGCAACAAAUCGGAUACAAAACAAAUGGACUAUUUUCUGUGAUGGGAAACACAUCGGUGGAAACCGUUUACUGCAACUUCCAUGCCAAAGAAAAUGAUUUGCAAAAAUGGAUUGGAUGGAACGACAUCAAGUCGGUGCCGACCUAUUUCUACGCCACGAGAAUCACCCCAUUUUCGACGAUAAGAACUCCAAUUCCAUUCGACCUGGCCAAAGUCAACAUGGGAAACGCCAUGGAACUGGCGUCGGGGAAAUUCAGGGCACCGAGAUCAGGGAUUUACUUCUUUUCUUUCACGGGCCACGCCCUUUUCCCUCAAUCUGUCUCCGAGGUAGAAUUAGCGGUGAGUCUUUACCUGAACGGCAAUCGAGUCGGCUGGGCGGAGGUAGAAGAAACCAACACCUCCGAUGGCCAAUUUAGUCCGUUGACCCUCCAGUCGACCAUCAACUUGAAGGCGGGCGAUCAAAUUUGGCUGCAGAUCGUGUCCAUUUCAGAAGGGACGGUCCUAUUCAACGCACGAAAUCAUUACACUCAUUUCACAGGGUGGAUGUUGGAGGAAGAUAUUGUUGCGUCACUGUGAAUAAAUAUGUACAUCGUCAAGUGACUGAAGCAAAUGUGGCAAUAUAAAAUUACAAGCAGCAAUAAUCUUAAUGAAAAUAACACGACACUCUGUACUACAAUUCUCCGAAAUACAAGCUGACAAAAUA